CGUCGUGCGUCACAGGCGGCGGGCGCGGGAAGGAGAUUUCGAUUAUCGCGCCUCCUCUCCGGUGAGGAAAGUACCGUCUGACUCGAGCUCCGGUUCCAGCACCUGAGCAGCCCCUGGACUUUGUCCCCUUCUCGAUUCCGCCCGCGCGUCGGAGCUGCAGCCGCGACUCGAACCCCUCAGCGCCUCAGCCACUAGCCGCGAUGCAUGUGAUCAAGCGAGACGGUCGCCAAGAGCGAGUCAUGUUCGACAAAAUUACAUCUCGAAUCCAGAAGCUUUGCUAUGGACUCAAUAUGGACUUUGUUGAUCCUGCUCAGAUCACCAUGAAAGUAAUCCAAGGCUUAUACAGUGGGGUCACCACGGUGGAGCUAGAUACUUUGGCUGCUGAAACGGCUGCAACCUUAACUACUAAGCAUCCUGACUAUGCCAUCCUGGCAGCAAGAAUUGCUGUCUCUAACUUGCACAAAGAAACAAAGAAAGUGUUCAGUGAUGUGAUGGAAGACCUCUAUAAUUACAUAAAUCCACAUAAUGGCAAACACUCUCCCAUGGUGGCCAAGUCAACACUGGACAUUGUUUUGGACAAUAAAGAUCGCUUGAAUUCUGCUAUUAUCUACGACCGAGAUUUCUCUUAUAAUUACUUUGGCUUUAAGACGCUAGAGCGGUCCUAUUUGUUGAAGAUCAAUGGAAAAGUGGCUGAAAGACCACAACAUAUGUUGAUGAGAGUAGCUGUGGGGAUUCACAGAGAAGACAUUGAUGCUGCAAUUGAAACAUAUAACCUUCUUUCUGAAAGGUGGUUUACUCAUGCUUCUCCCACUCUCUUCAAUGCUGGUACCAACCGCCCACAACUCUCUAGCUGUUUUCUUCUGAGUAUGAAAGAUGAUAGCAUUGAAGGCAUUUAUGAUACUCUAAAGCAGUGUGCAUUGAUCUCUAAGUCUGCUGGGGGAAUUGGUGUUGCUGUGAGUAGUAUUCGGGCUACUGGCAGCUACAUUGCUGGAACUAAUGGCAAUUCCAAUGGCCUUGUACCGAUGCUGAGAGUAUAUAACAACACAGCUCGAUAUGUGGAUCAAGGUGGAAACAAGCGUCCUGGGGCAUUUGCCAUGUACUUGGAACCCUGGCAUUUAGACAUAUUUGAUUUCCUUGAUCUAAAGAAGAACACAGGAAAGGAAGAACAGCGUGCCAGGGAUCUUUUCUUUGCCCUUUGGAUUCCGGAUCUCUUCAUGAAACGAGUGGAGACUAAUCAGGAUUGGUCUUUGAUGUGUCCAAAUGAGUGUCCUGGACUGGAUGAGGUUUGGGGAGAAGAAUUUGAGAAGCUGUAUGAAAGUUAUGAGAAACAGGGUCGUGCCCGCAAAGUUAUAAAAGCUCAGCAGCUUUGGUAUGCCAUCAUUGAGUCUCAGACAGAGACAGGUACUCCGUACAUGCUCUACAAAGAUGCCUGUAAUCGGAAAAGCAACCAGCAGAACAUAGGAACCAUCAAAUGCAGCAAUCUGUGUACAGAAAUCAUAGAGUAUACCAGCAAAGAUGAGGUUGCCGUUUGUAAUUUGGCUUCUCUGGCCCUUAAUAUGUAUGUCACAUCAGAACACACAUAUGACUUUAAGAAGUUGGCUGAAGUCACUAAAGUCAUUGUCCGCAACUUGAAUAAAAUUAUUGAUAUAAAUUUCUAUCCUGUCCCAGAGGCAAUGCUAUCAAAUAAACGCCACCGCCCCAUUGGAAUUGGGGUCCAAGGUCUGGCAGAUGCUUUUAUCCUGAUGAGGUACCCUUUUGAGAGUCCAGAGGCCCAGUUACUGAAUAAGCAGAUCUUUGAAACUAUUUAUUAUGGUGCCCUGGAAGCCAGUUGUGACCUGGCCAAGGAGCAUGGCCCAUAUGAAACCUAUGAGGGCUGUCCAGUAAGCAAGGGAUUUCUUCAGUAUGAUAUGUGGAACGUUACUCCUACGGACCUUUGGGACUGGAAACUUCUCAAGGAGAAGAUUGCAAAGUAUGGUAUAAGAAACAGUUUACUUAUUGCCCCAAUGCCUACUGCUUCAACUGCUCAGAUCCUGGGGAAUAAUGAGUCCAUUGAACCUUAUACCAGCAAUAUCUACACUCGCAGAGUCUUGUCAGGAGAAUUUCAGGUUGUAAAUCCUCACUUAUUGAAAGAUCUUACUGAGCGGGGUUUAUGGAAUGAAGAGAUGAAAAAUCAGAUUAUUGCAUGCAAUGGCUCUAUCCAGAGCAUACCAGAAAUUCCCGAUGACCUGAAGCAACUUUAUAAAACUGUGUGGGAAAUCUCUCAGAAAAUCAUUAUCAAGAUGGGAGCUGACAGAGGUGCUUUCAUUGAUCAAAGCCAGUCUUUGAACAUUCAUAUUGCUGAGCCUAAUUAUGGCAAACUCACUAGUAUGCACUUCUAUGGCUGGAAGCAGGGUUUGAAGACUGGGAUGUAUUAUUUAAGGACAAGACCAGCAGCUAAUCCAAUCCAGUUCACUCUAAAUAAGGAGAAGUUAAAAGAUAAAGAAAAGGUAUCAAAAGAGGAAGAAGAGAAGGAGAGGAAUACAGCAGCCAUGGUGUGCUCUCUGGAGAAUAGAGAUGAAUGUAUGAUGUGUGGAUCCUAAAGAAAAGCUUAGAAGAGACCAACAUAUCUUGAGUACCCAAACUACUUCUUGAGCAUAGAUGAGUAUAGACGUUUUGCUUGAGGUGGUAAGGCUUUGCUGGACUUUAUUGCAGCAAAAGAAAUAACUGAUUUAAAGUAAUUUUUCUAUAUAGUAAUGGUAUGAUUUUCUUUUUUAAACUGAUAUAUUGAGUUUUUCACCAAACUGAUUUUGAAAAAAAAUAAAAAACACAUAUUGGGAAUCAAAGUAGAGAAGUUUUAGGAAUGCAAAAGAAGUCACCUUGUAAAUAGGAAGUGAUUAAGUAAGGCUUUACCACCCAUCUAGCACUGCUUUUCUCAAGGCCUCCAUUUGUUAAAAGACUGAUGGGUCCCUAAAAGCAAACUGUUUUGUACUGUUUUGACUGGUGGGUCCCUAAAAGCAAACUGAGUAACAACUCAUGGGAAGUGCUGAUAGGACCUUUAUCUGGAUAUAAUCCUGUAGGUUAUUCUGAAAUAAAGAUUUCUAAGUGAU